AUGUCAACGUCUUCCAUUUUCUGCAAGCAACCUACAACGAGAUGUCAACGUCUUUCAAGUUUCUAUGAGAACAAACUUGGGAGAUCUGGAAGUGCAUCACCAGACGAGUUUUGUGAAGAAUGUUCACUGAAAAGUGUGAACUAUGCCGAGAAACGAGACAAGAUGAUCUUCAAAAAGCUCGUCCCAUUAUUUGGAGUGUGCUGUUUUGUGGUGAUCGUUCAAUGCUCGGAUGAGGGAUCAAAUUCUGAUCGAGUUGAUCGUCUCGGUGCUCCACUUGGACCCAAUGAACAAAUUGGUGAUCAAUCGAAUGCAAAUGGUGUCAUGCCUUUUAGUAUUUGUUCGUGUGGAUGGGGUGCUUGUGUGCCGGCUCCUGGAUACACAGGCAGUUGGACCUGCGGUGAUAAUUAUGCCUAUCAUUGUUGUGGAGGGAAA